CUCAGCAUUCUCGUGUCGAUCUGCCGCGGCUUCGUGAGCCAUCUGGGCUCGUUCGCCUGCACUAGGGGAUAUCCCUGUCUCUCACAGUCUAAAGUCACGCGUAAACAAACUGAUAAUACACAUCGUCUUCGUGACGCACAAGUGGACCAACGGUGAAACGUUUCGUCGGGUUGACGCUAGUCGUGCGUGUCCGGUGUUCGUAGUUCUAUCAAUCGCUCAUCGAGUCAAUCUUUCGUUUUCCGUGUUAUCUUCAUAGAUUCCUCUCCGCUCGUUUUCGUCCCCCGCGUCGUGUCGUGAAAGAUGAAACGUUGCGACGUAAUAAUCUGCUCGCAGCUGAAUUAGCUCACUUGCUCGCACGCUUUUGUCGCUCGUCUCUCUACUUGCUCACGCUGUCUUCGUCGCCCGUUUUUUCCGGGGUAGCCAACAUGUCAGACGUCAAAAGUCUCGAGCACCCCACGUUGAAGGUACCAUAUGAAUUGCUGAACAAAAAGUUCCGCUCCGCCCAGAAGACCCUUGACAGAGAAGUCUCCCAUAUCCAAACAGUGUCAAACGAGCUCGAAAAAGGAUUAAAGAAUGAUGGGUCUGGAUCGUACGUCGCUACUGGCGAUAUAACGAGACUGCUGGGUGGAGUGGUGGCAAAACUUCAGGUCCUGAAACGUAAAGCUCAAGAGUCAAUCGCUGAAGAGUUGCAGGCAGGCAUGGUAUGUAAGAGGAGACUGGACCAUCUGAAAGAACAUGCCAAUACCUCACCCAGUACUGUGAAUCGAUGGCGGAGACAGAGGCUUGAUAGGAUGUUGGUGGAAUAUUUUCUCCGUAAGGGAUACUACAAAACAGCAACCAAGCUGGCGGAUAGCAGUGAGAUCAGAGACUUAACGAACAUAGAUGUAUUUAUGGUAUCACGGGAAGUGGAGAAGUCUCUGGCGAAUCAUGAAACUGCGAGAUGUAUUGGAUGGUGUCACGACAAUCGCUCGAAACUGCGAAAGUUGGGCAGUACGAUGGAAUUUAAUCUGCGCGUGCAGGAAUUCAUUGAGCUGGUGAGGAGUGACCGAAGGCUCGAUGCUGUCAAGCAUGCACGCAAAUGCUUCGCCAGUUGCGACGAUUAUCAGCUACAGGAAAUUCAAUGUUGCAUGGGUCAAUUGGCCUUCCCAGCCAACACGUGUCUCAGUCCUUACAAAGACUUGUUGGACGAGAAAAGGUGGGACAAAUUGAUUGAACAAUUCAGACACGAGAAUUACAGGCUCUUUCAAUUAGCUAGCCAGAGCGUUUUCACAGUAGCUCUUCAGGCUGGUUUGUCAGCGCUCAAGACGCCGCAGUGUUACAGCAAUAACAAGGAGGGCAGAAAUCCGAGUUGUCCGGUUUGCAACGAGGCACUGAACGAAUUGGCCAUGCCAUUGCCUUUCGCACAUUGUUCUCAGUCACGGCUGGUCUGCAGUAUAAGCGGGAAACCGUUGAACGAAUAUAACCAACCGAUGAUGAUGCCGAACGGAUAUGUGUAUGGAGAACAAGCUCUAGAAAAAAUGGCUCAAGAAAACAACGGUACUGUGAUUUGCCCGAAAACCAAAGAAGCAUUUCCUUACAAGAAAAUCGAGAAAGUUUACGUUAUGUAAACCAGACAUUUGACACAGCAUAUAUGUCGCAUUAUAUGCAAUGCUUACUGAGGCGCUCUUCUUGCUCUAAUAUCUUAUUUAAUUAAUAUAAUUGUAUAUCGACCGAUCAAUGGAACACGAGAAUAAUAUCUAUUUUUAAGGAAAAUCAA